UGCGAGAGCUGUUGGGCGAUGACGGCGACGGACCUCGUGAGCAUCGUGUGGGCUCAGAUCAACAAUCAGACGGCUGAGCUGCUCUCCACGCAGCACGCAUGCGACUGCUCGUCGUCCGCUUGCUGCCGCGGCGGCUGGCCCGAGUGGGUCUUCCAGUUCAUUAUGGCGAACGGCGGGGUGGCUUCUAACGCGGAUUAUCCGUACGCGGGCGCGAUGAACUCCACCUGUGGAAGCGUCUCGAAGUCGAAGCUCAAGGCGAAGAUCAACGGGUGGGAGAAGGUGCCGGCGAGGAGCAACACGGCGCUGAUGAAGGCCGUGGCGCAGCACCCCGUGCUCGUGUACAUCGCCGGCAGCAGCAACGAUUUCAUCAAUUAUUCGGGAGGAAUUUUCUUCGGGCAGUGCAGCGGCGAAAUCGACCACGCCGUGCUGGUCGUGGGCUAUAGUCUCGUCGACCCGAGCUCGCCAGUCUGGAUUGUUAAAAACACAUGGGGACCCUCCUGGGGCGAGGGUGGUUACAUGCGGCUACCGAUGCUGGCGGACGGGCCUGGCAAGUGUAAUAUGUUAAGCGAACGGGGGCUUUACCCUACGUUUUACGAUAAGAACAAGGGGGCGGCUCUCUGCAAGCUGCCGAUAAAUCCUUGCGGAGGCGGGACGUGUGUGGUGACGAACGGUGGUGCGCGGUGCAGUUGCCCGCCUGGAUUUGUGGAGAGACUGGAGAACGACGCGCCUAAGUGCACGCUGGCUACACCUUGUGAUGCGAAUCCGAGUCCGUGCGGUAUCGGGACAUGCUACAACGAGUUCGAUGGCAGCUACACUUGCGCAUGCCCUGCUGGCUCGGUGAUUGGUUCGCGUGUUGAGGGCAGCAUGACUUGCGUCCUCGGCACGUUCCAAUCAGGUCUCCAAACCUACACGAUUCUGCUAGGCGACACCUGCCAAACCGUCGCCAGCACGUUCGGAUUCACCAUAGACUUUCUCCAAACCAAGAAUCCGUUCCUCGACUGCUCCCAACCACUCACCCCGGGCUACGUCAUCCUAGUCGGUUCGACAAACACUACUCUAGGCUGCUCCUCGAUGGAUAUAGUUAGUCCUGGCGACACAUGUAGCACACUCGCUACACGCAACAACAUCACUGUACGCCAGUUGUUAGGGAUCAACCCAACCCUCAACUGCAACGUGUCGCUGCAGCGGUCGCAGAUGCUGUGCGUCGCGCCGGGCGCUCUCUCGGCCACGUCGCCCUUGAUCCGUUCGUGCGGGCGAGUGUACAACGUGGGUCCCCAGGACCGGUGCACAGACAUCGCCCGCGGAUUCAACAUCUCGCUCAUCGAUUUCGUCUGGCUGAAUCCGGGGCUCCGGUGUGACGACAACCCCAUCAACAAUGCCAUUGCAGUCUGCGUGGCUCCUCUCACCACUGAGUUCGUCACAGUGGAUUGCUCCUCAUGGUACACAGUCACACAGGCGGACACGUGCUCUCUCAUGGCCAACUCAGUGGGUCUCACAGUCAACCAGUUCCUUCGCCUCAACCCGGGCCUCAGGUGCUACCCGCCGUACCUCCAAAUCGGGCAGAAAGUCUGUGUGAACGGCACGACACAGUCCAUGACUAAGUAUCCGCUCUCCCCGAACGUGAUCCCGUACUCUGUGGGGGUCAACGACACGCUCGCGACAAUCUCACAGCAAUACGCCUCCAUGUGUCCCAACAACACCUUCCCCGCGGAUAUCUGCUCCUCAAACUCCUUCCCGGACUGCACAGACCAGUCCAUCACGCCCAACCAAAUGAUCCUCAUCCCAUGCACGAGAAAGAUCGCAGGAGACAUCUGUGGGGAUUCGCUCCCUGUCUGCGGAACGCUGAUGCAUCCGUCUCAUAUCCUAGUCCCCGCCGUCCCGCCUCCCUCUUUCCCCCUUUCUCCCCUUUUCUCCCCGCUCUCCCCCCUUUCUGCCCCCCUUGUUCCGGCCCCCUCGUUUUCCCCCUUCGUCCCGCGUCCCCCGAUCCCUUUCCAGCCGUUCAAAGAGGGUUACACCGCGCCGCCGCCGCCCGCCUCUCCUCCAAUCACGCCGGGGCUCGUGGCGCUGCAAUUCCGCGACGGCGCGGGGCAGCUGAGCCACAUCGUCACGUUCCGCGACGCGGUGACGGGCGAGGAGCUGCGCUUCGGCCUCGAGGACUUCGCGUCGGCGCCCGCGGUGCCGGAAAUCCCGGAGCCUGCUACCGUCAGCUGCUUAAAAUCGCUCAUUAUCAUCGUGCUUCUUCUCAUCUUUGCGCGGCACUUCUUCGCGCUUGUGCUGGAGGCGAGUGGCGACGAUGACGACGUUGACGAAGACUCUGCCGAAUUCACGAUAUUUCUGAUGCAGCUGCUCGGCAUUCUGUUGCCCUGCUUCAUCCUCGCGCGUGCACUCGCUGCCAUCCACGACCGAUACCGUCAGGUGGGUGGGUGGUGA